GGUGCAGUCUGCCAACUGGGGCAGACCUAGUUUAAUGUGCGCUUUGACUUACUAUUUAUAAAUACGGUGAUUUAGAAGAUGUAGAUUCGCUUAUCUAACGCUAAGUGUUUGUUUUGAUUGGUUACGCCAAAAGGAUGGCACUUUCGUUGCUGGAGUGGUUCACGGCACUAAUAGUGGCAGUACUGAGCGUCAACUAUCUGCUGGUUCGACGGAACUUGAAGUACUGCCACCAGUGGCCUGGACCGGCUGCGUUCCCGCUGAUCGGAUGCUACUAUUUGUACUUUAACAAGAGUCCGGAAGACACCUGGUCCUUCAUAACGAACCUCAGCCGGAAGUAUGGCAAGCUGUUUUGCGUGUGGAUCGGCAGCCGGCUGGCACUGUUCUGCAGCAACCACUCGGACACGGAAACGGUCCUCAGCAGCCAGAAGUUGAUCCGGAAGAGCGAGCUGUACAAGUUUCUGAUCCCGUGGCUGGGCGAUGGACUGCUGCUGAGCACCGGGCAGAAGUGGUUCAACAAGCGGAAGAUCCUGACGCCGGCGUUUCACUUCAGGAUUCUGGAGCAGUUUGUCGAGGUGUUUGACAAGCAGGGCACGGUUCUGGUGCAGAGGUUGAGAGAGCAGGCUACCGGGAAGCUGGUGAACAUCUACCCCUUUGUGACGUUGGCAGCGUUGGAUAUUAUCUGUGAAACUGCCAUGGGCACCUCGAUCAACGCUCAAACGGAUACCGACUCCAAGUACGUACGAGCGGUUACGGAGCUGAGCUACCUUCUAGCAGGUCGCUUCAUGAAGGUUUGGCAAAGGUCGGACUUUUUGUUCAACCUCUCCGCGGAUAAGAAGCGUCAAGACAGGGUGAUAAAGGUGUUGCAUGACUUCACAACCUCGAUCAUUCGAUCGAGAAGGGAGGAACUGUUGGCCGGGAAGAUCGAAACGGAUGAUACCGUGGAUGAAGAGGGCGUUGGAACCAGGAAGAAAAUGGCGUUCUUGGACGUCCUGCUGCAAGCUACGAUCGAUGGGCGACCAUUGACCGAUAAAGAAAUCCAGGAGGAGGUAGACACCUUUAUGUUUGAGGGACAUGACACGACGACGAUCGCGAUCACGUUUACUCUGAUGUUGCUGGCCAAACAUCCGGAUAUUCAGGAGAAGGUCUACCAAGAGGUCACGGAGAUCAUUGGGAAGGACCUAAACGCGCCCACGACUUAUCGCAACCUACAAGACAUGAAGUACCUGGAGUUGGUGAUCAAGGAGUCGCUUCGGUUGUACCCACCAGUACCGAUCAUCGGACGGAAGUUUACGGAAAAGACUGAGAUUGAUGGCAAAGUGGUUCCGGAGGACUCUAACUUCAACGUUGGUAUCAUUCUGAUGCAUCGCGAUCCAACGCAGUUUGAGGAUCCGGAACGGUUCGACCCGGAGCGGUUUAGUCCAGAACGGACAACCGAGCUCAGUUCACCGUACGCGUAUAUCCCGUUCAGCGCAGGGCCAAGAAAUUGUAUUGGUCAAAAGUUCGCCAUGCUGGAGCUGAAGAGCACCCUUUCGAAGAUCAUCCGCAACUAUCGGCUCACGGAAACCGGCCCGGAACCAAAGCUGAUCAUCCAGCUGACGCUGAAGCCCAAGGACGGCUUGAAGGUUGCGUUCGUACCGCGUGAUGCAGCAUAACGAUUAUUUUACAACCCAAACAGAGAGACUUAUUGAAUAGCAGGUUUAUUGUGAUAUGUUUUUAACGGUUUUCAAUAAAUGUUUUCAAAAUGG